AUAAACGAAAUGUCAAAUACUUUUGUCAAUGUGAAUAAAAUAAACUUUAUUUUGCCGCCUUAUUUUCUAACUUAAUUUAUUUGUUUGAUGAUUAUUUAUUGUGAAUAGUUUUAGUAUUGUGUAAAUAGGUACUUACGUUUAGUGUUAUCUAUUCUAACCAUGUUUGCUGAAAAAGUAAUAGAAUUAUUGAAGGAAGCAGAAAGAAAUCCCGUUACCAUCGACCCAUUCAAUGAUGAUAAGAUACGGCAAAUAUUGGAGGAGAUGCAGACUUUGUUUAGGAUGAAUAUGAACGAUGCUAAUGCAACAACGGAAAAUAAAUCUCUGUGGACCACAGUUCAAGUGAGGCAUUCUGCACUAGAACGGAACAAACGUUGCCUCCUUGCAUAUCUCUACAGCAGAAUGGCCAAAAUUAAGACUUUAAGAUGGGAGUUUGGUGCCAUACUACCUGCCGAUGUCCGUGAACUGCUAUCAGAUGAUGAAUAUGAGUGGUUUACAAAAUAUUCUAUGAACUUAGCUUCAUAUAUGAGAUCAUUGGGCCAAGAUAUAGGUUAUAAUGGUAUUGACUUAACGGAGAACCUUAAACCACCAAAAUCUUUGUACAUUGAAGUUCUAUGUAUGGCGGACUAUGGCAAACUGGAACUGGAAGAUGGUGAUGUGAUCUUGUUAAAAAAGAAUAGUAGACAUUUCUUGCCAACAUCGGAAUGUCAAACACUUAUCCGACAAGGGAUACUAAAACAAAUAAGUUAGAAUAAAUAUCAUUUUAAGAACUAAACACAAUGAUGUAGUUUUAUACAUCAUUGAUUAAAGAAGUGUAAAUAAUAAAUGGAUGUUCGGAAAGAA